UUCAGGGUAGAGAGGAUCUGAGGCUUUUGGUUUUAUCUGUUGUAACAAUCCAAGAUUAAAAGAGAAAGAUGUUAACAAAAAUAGUCUUUGUAAUGAAUGCUUUUCUAGAUGGCUUAUUUCUGCUGACUACAUUGCAAGUUUCUGGACAACGUACUGAGAGCGGCAACUCAUUUCCACAUCUUGUGGUUGCCUCCCAUAUGGGAGAAGCGGAACUCUGCCGAUAUAGUCUUUCAGGCACUUCAGGCACUUUCAGGGACAAGUUUAACUUGACUCUAGAAAAAGAUGGAAAUGUGGUGUGUUUGGUGUAUAAUUCAGGCACUAAACUAAAAUUACACAACUGGACAAACGGAACACAAUGUCAUAUUUCUCCUUUUAAUGGCAGUUUUUCUGUUAGUCUUACUAACCUUGCAAAAAUGCACACUGGCAACUAUAUUUGUCAUAUACAAACACUUGUUCCACCUCCUGUUACACAUUCAACUGUAAAUAGGACACUUUUGUAUGUCCAUGAUGUUGGUGUGCAACCCCCGGUUUGUCAUAUACUGUCAUUUGUAGAAAUAUGGGUUUUGACUGGAGUUUCUAUCUUCCUGCUUGCAUGUUUCAUGGUGGUAUUAAUCAUAAGUGCCAAAAGGAAGAAGUGCAGAGAAUGUGAUGCUAGAAACAUGGAGCUGACAAAGGACCAUAACAGCGAGUAUAUGCACAUGGCUUCUGUCCCUCAUGCAAGAUGGCCGCUGCGACAAAAGAGCUCCAUUCUUAGCUGACAUCAGUGGAUUUAAAUUAUAACAUUUUCAGAAACCAUGCAGAAGAUUCAUUUGUGCAGCUUCCAUUGAGUUCAAGAGAAAACUCCUAAACUACUCCGCAGUUGCAUUAAAUAAUUGGACACAGUGCAAAAUGGGGAUUCCAAAUAAAUAAUAUUGCCAAUAAAGUGACAGAAUAAUACCAUAUUAUUCCAGUAAAGAAAAAUUUGCCUCUGCAGAGAUUCCCUUAAAGGUUUGUAUAGAAACCUUCUUUACAGCAUACCUCUGCCCUCACUGACAAUACAAACUUAUUUGGCUUCCAAGGACAUUGUAAUUAAUCUUCAUAAUAAAAAACAAAAAAAGAAUUUUUACAUUGGUAUGAUUAAACUUUGCACAAUUGCCUUUUUUUCCUUUGACUUUGACUUCUGGUUAAAAUGUGGUAAAAAAUGGAGAUUGUUACUGAAAGCCACAGACUUUAGUUAGUUUUAGUAUGACUACAGGACUGUGCACAUCUUUUCCUGUUUUUUUUUUUCUGGCAAAGACAGAUGACUCAUUUAUUUUCCUUUGCAGCUAAAAUUAUGAAUGUCAAGUAUAACUAUAUGAAUUUCCCAGAAAUGUAUGACUCAAUUAUAUUAACAUAUUUUUAAAAUAUUUUUGGGCACUUACAGUCUAGUGCUGUGAUCACAGAUCA